AUGGGACCUCAAAAUCCUAGAUAUGCACGAUUUGUUGAAGACCAUAGGGCCGUAGCGGUGGUGAUCGCGGGUAGACCAAUGGUGUUGCGACCAAGGCACGUGGUGCCAAGAGAGGGAUAUCAAAGUAUCGGUCCGUCCGUUAUGCGAGAUCGCAUGAGCGUGGAUCACAGUGCAGGCACGAGGAAUCGAGAGGAGCACCUGCGCGCUCUUUCUGCUUCCGGUGAAAGAGCUUUCGAGGAAAGUGGUGAUCCCCGUGACGAUGAAGUGCGGAAGGCGAAGAUAGAUUUAGGGGUGACAAUCGAGAGUUCGCGAAACGAGACUGAGAAGUAG